CUCUGUUUAUUCGACUUCCUGUCAACUGAAGUUCUUUAAGCAUGGCAGCUGCACCGACCUCGGUCGGCCAAGAUCAACCGACCAAAACAUCAACUCCACCCGUCCUGUUUGAUCUGUCUCAGCCUCCGGUCAUCGAGGGAUUCACCCCACUGUCAAGGCCGAAGGAAGAGAGCUUUAAGGACAAAUUCAUCAGGAAGACGAAAGAGAACCCAUUCGUCCCUAUAGGUUGCUUAGGAACAGCAGGGGCAUUGAUCUACGGCCUCAGCGCCUUUAGAAGUGGCAAAACCCGACAGUCCCAGCUGCUGAUGAGAGCCCGUAUCUUCGCCCAAGGCUUCACCGUUGUUGCUAUUAUAGUGGGCGUGGCUGCCACGGCACUGAAACCCAAGCAAUGAGAGAGGACAGACCAAGGGCAACACCAGAGUCUGUUUUAUUAUACAGACAAGAAGAGCCUUAUGUGAUUCAUGGGUGAAAUGUGAAUGAACUGAACCGUAAAUGCCAACUCUUAGCCUUUUUAUUUCCUUUAAAGUUAUAGUUCGUCAGGUGGCGGCCAAUAUCAGUGUGUAUCACACUUAUACACAGAUAUAAUACCCAGCAUUUAAUUUAAGAGUGUCAUAUCUUCUUGACACAGGUUAAGUCCACAGGAGCCACUUUUUGUGGUUAAAUUAUUUGGUUUGACUGGCAAAUCAGUGCCUGCUUUUCCAUGUUGGUGAAUUAAGGAUACUUGAACAUUGUUUUAAACAUUACAAUGCUUCUUAUUUCAAUUUUCUAUUAUGUCUGUGUACAUUUAGGAAUUGAACUGUUUAAGGUGCAGUGUAAUGUAUGACAAUGUGAAUUCUAAUUAUUAAACAAAAAUCUUCAAGUGUAAUAAA